GGAGAGCCCAUGACGUUCAAUGCACUUGUCAGGACUCCUUGUCCAUCUCCAAUUCACGAAUUUAGACGCGAUGAUGGUUGAUACCAGACAUGUGAUGACUACUUGAUUCGUUGCAACCUCAAUCGAUCCUUUUCCCUCCCCUCCGCCCGGACGAGCGCCAUCAUGUCUCCAGAGGCCUCCAGCAACAUUCGAGUCUUUAUCCGCUGGCACGACCAGACCGUCUUCGCUGGCGAGGAGAUCAAAUGCACCAUCACCUUCAAGAAUAUUGCUCGCGAUCCGAAUCAGCAACGACAGUCCCAACGACUCGCACCUGUAGACCGACCAAGGCAUGUCUCGCCCUUGCUGAGAGGCAAGUCUAGCGCUGGCUUGACCCCGCCGAACUCAGCUCAAACCCGCGGUCACCGAUCUGCUCUAUCCCUCAACGUACCAGUCGCUCAAUCGCGAAGCCGCGCGGGCUCAGUACCGUGGACGCCAUCACACCCUCCAAGCGCUCUCGAAAACCGUGGCAAUGGCCACAAGAAGUCCGUUUCUAUUGUCUCAAUUGGUUCCACAAGCACCGUACCAGAUGACAAUCAGAGUAACGCUAGCUCCGUAAAGGCGCAUCGGCCUGGUCGCGGUCAUGCCCGGGCAUCCAGUCUACAGAUUGUGCCUAGGGGAGCUGCUCUGGGGCUCGGCCUCACAGCGCCUCACUCUGCAUCGCCGAGGCAUAUAAGCUCGCCUUUAUUCAACUCGACGUCCGCUUCCGACACACCUCCCUCCAACUCGCGAUCUUCGACCGCACCGAAUACCCCUGGCGUAGCAGGCUCACAACGUCCCAUGAGAUCGCCUUCCAACGCGCUGGCCGACUUCCGGUUUCCAAUGGUCCAGUCGCCACUGUCGGACACGCAAAGCACUCCAGUUGCGUCACAUCACGAUGGGCUAUUGAGUCCAAACACUGAAGUACCUCCAACCCUAGCUAUACGGAACAAGGAUGGCGUACUCACCAACCCCAUCGACCAUCCUACACCAGCCAUGCGAAUACUCUCGACAACAAGCAUGGGCGGAGGAACACCACGCAGCAGUGGGGAAUUCUACUCAAUGAGCAAUAACUCUACGGAAACUUUGGCAUCUGAAUAUCCAACUCAACCCACGCGGGGCCCUAUGCGGCCGCCGCAUUUUCUAAAGUCCUCCAACUUUGCCUCACACAACCCCAGGCAGCCGGAAUCGUUGAUGAUGGGCUACGCUCAGAUUCAAGGCUCAUUCACCUUAGAUGGCUCACUCAUCAACCUCGGGCCAUUUGAGCAGGUCAAGCGUAAGGCCGUUGUCGGCGGUCAAGGAGGUGGUGUCAUUGGUGUGGAGCCUUCGAAACGGGAUAGUGGACUGCUUCGAAGUUUCGGAUGGGGGAGUAUCAGCAAUUCAAUUGGAGAGCUGCUUGGAGCCGGCGAGGUUAGCAGCAUCAAAGAUAUGCGCGGUAUCGCCAGCGCCAAGUCCGUCCCUCUGCUCUCGACUCCGCAGUCCAUCUUGUUUGUGGACCUGAACCUGGCCCCCGGAGAGCACAAAGCUUUCGAGUAUUCAUUUCAGCUCCCAAAGGGCUUACCGCCGACACAUAAGGGAAAAGCGGUCAAGAUCUCUUACAAUCUAGUUAUCGGCACACAGCGAGCAGGUGGCUCUAAAGAGCAACAGGUGCGCUCCGUCGAGAUCCCUUUCCGAGUCCUCGGCAGUGUGAACAGCCAUGGAGAGAUUCUUGGCCAUGAUCUCAUGAACCCGUACAUUAUUCUCCGCGACCAAGCGAAAAUCAAGACUGUCGACAAGCUGUCGACCCUCAGCGAGAUCAAGAAGCUAAAAACGACCAAGACCGACGCAACGAUUAAUGAAUUCCUCGUAUACGUUGAUGAACUCCUUACGAGGCCGCGGCAGGGCUCCAACGCAGGGCUGCUAUCGCCCACAGCAUACCCCAGCUCCCGGCGUCCAUCAGUAUUUGAGGAGGCGACGACGGCCACAGAGGCCAUCAACAUGGCUAUUAUGCGCAGUAACCUGACCUCCGAGGGUCAGCAAAGCCCGAACCGCUUCGAAAUUGCCCGCAACGGACAGCGUGUAGGUGUCGUUAUGCUUACGCGCCCUUCAUACCGUCUGGGCGAAGUCGUUACUAUGGCCAUCGACUUCACAGACGCUGAGAUCCCCUGCUACGCGGUCCAUUCUUGUCUCGAGUCGGCCGAGCGAGUCGAGCCGCAUCUGGCCAUUCGCUCAGAAGCCUCGAUUCACCGCGUCACGCGGAAAGUCCACGUCUCCGCCUCAGAAGCGACCCUCUACUCGCGGAGGAUGGUCUUCACCCCGACUAUCCCCAUUACUGCGACACCAGAGUUUGUCACGACAGGCAUCUCGUUCGAAUGGAAGAUUCGCGUGGAAUUCGUGGUGCCGAGUCAGGAGACUGAGCUGGAACGUGAGGCGCCCAGCACUCAUCCAUUACUAGAAGAAAUAUCUCGGGACGAGCGCGGAGGCCUAGUGCUCGUGGCCGUGGAAAACUUGGCGUGCGAAAGCUUCGAAGUCGCGGUCCCUCUGCGUGUAUACGGUGCCGUGGCAACGGGGCUCGAGAAGUUGGAGCGGGACGAGGCGUUGGAAGAGGGACUCGCUGUUUGAUUACGAAGAAGUAGUGGGAUCAUACAUACCACACACGGGGACGGUGGUUUUACAAGGCAAGGCAGAUGAAGGCAGAAAGAACAAGGAGAUUCAUUCGCGGGCGUUGGAUAGAAAAACAUUUAUUUUCUGGAACACGGUACUACCGUCUGUUUUUUAUCUCCAAACAAUUUCACAGAGACGUUUUUCCUCUACUAUCAUCACCAAAAAAAAUUUAUCAUCCAAAACUACAAAAGAGUUCACCCCCCC